AUGAAUUUGACACAGAAAAAGUAUUCGUUUACAUUAAUUUUGCAAUAUGCUUGCUUAAUGUUUGACGUUGGUGCCAAUUCCUUUGCUACUUUUGCCAGAAGCCGUCCAGCCGAUUUACUAGUUCUUUUCGUGAUUCAAGACUUCUGUUUGAUAACUGCUCUAACCAUUUUACUGGCUAAUUUCUUCUCUACCUACGUGUUUCAGGCAGGUUUGAUACAACUCUUGUACACGCAAUUUCGUAUGACAUUAGUAAUUUGCGUUGCAUACAUUAUGCUGAGUAUUGGUUUGCACUCUUGGCACAUGACAAUCCAUUGGACUUCACCGUUAAGUCAUUUUUGGCCAGUGUCCUAUUACAGCCUUUUUAUCACCCAAAGAUCAUUUGCAGUAUUAUAUUAUUACUUCAGUAAAAGAGCGUCUCUUAGAAUAAGUGAUCCCAAAUUUCAUGAAGGAUCAAAGUGGGUACAAAAGCAGUUUAGCCUCACGUAA